AUGGUAUACAAUAACGCAACAUACGAAGUUCAUAUCCCAUCUCUUGCUCCUUUGGCAUCCGGGCAUCAAGAGAUCCCAGUACCUGCUAUCAAUCAGGGCGAUCCGAUGACGACAGAUGACAUUGCGGGCGCCACCUCGCAGUACAAGAUGCGCAAGUCGAUUCAGAUGAACCAUCCAACACUAGUCACUUCAAGAGAAGUCAUCGAAGCGAAACGUCGAAAGCAUGCUGUGGAAUCAGCACAAUUUGACGGUUCGACUCCUGCUUGGGCGCAGCAAAUGCAGGGGCAGAGCCAGCAAAUCCAGCAAACUCAGACCCAGAUGCAACGGCUAAUGCAGCAAAUGCUGGGGCAAAUCCAGCAAAUCGAGCAAUCUCAGACCCAGAUGCAGGGGCAAAUGCAGCAAAUGCAGGGGCAAAUCCAGCAAAUCGAGCAAACUCAGACCCAGAUGCAGGCUCAAAUCGGUCAACUGGAUAGCCGUAUCCAGAUUGAGUCCCAGCGCUCGAGAAACUAUGCCCGUCAUACCAACGAAUCUGUCAUUGUUCCAUUGUUGAGAGAAUCGGACGGGACCAUGCCUCAAGAUGACGGCGCGUGGUUCCCUGCAACUCAAGCCGCUCUUUUCACCGCUAGUCAUGCUCAAAUGAAUUCUUUGCCAUGGGAUUGUUGA